AUGACUUACGGCUCCUACUUCUCAUACCGGAGACACGCCUCAAAGAAGCAUAGUGCUCUACUUGAAGGCCCUAAUCAGCGAGCAUCCACCUCCAGAUCAUCAAGUGAUGUUCAAACCGAAGCAGAUGCUGAAGAGGAAGUUGCAGCAUGUAUUAGAGAGGACGGGAAUGACAGCGAAACGUCACAGCAGUCAGUCACCAAUGUGCAAGAAUCAGCGGCUGCAGACAUGACAGAUCGUUUAAGCUUAAUGCUUCUAAAGUGGAAAGAGGGAAUGAAGCUACCUGAGACAGCAGUAAAUGAAAUUGCAAACGACCUCAUCUCAUACCUACAAGAGUUUGCCCAAGAAGCAUCAGACACGCCUGAUGGACAAUCACCUGUAGAUAUCAUCAAAAAGCUUCCCGCGUUGCAAACAAAACACAGUCGUGAGGAGUACUGGAAGACAACAUUAGCAUUCGUUAAACCUACUGCAAUUUGUUUAGGAAAGAAACCAAAUGGAAACACAGUAACUUUCCAGUACAUCAGUGUGCUAAAGGUGUUGAAACACUAUUUGGAAUCUUCAGGUAUCUCCUACUCAUGUGGACUAAGAAGUAAGGAUGAUCAUUUGGCAACAGUAUUCGACGGCACUGUGUUUAAAAAUCACAGGUUCUUUAGAGGAGAUCUAAGCAAGCUAUGCAUCCAACUCUACACGGAUGAAUUUGAGGUUUGUGACCCACUUGGUGCGAAAAGGGGGAAGCACAAGUUGUUAGUGGUGUAUUACACUCUCAUCAACGUGCCUUCGGAAUACCGGUCUCUGCUUGAACACAUACACCUUGCCCUGAUAGUGAAAGAAAAGGUUGCUCAGGAGUAUGGGCUACAUCGCAUAUUCGAGCCACUUGUGAGUGACAUUGCAGUGCUGGAAACUGAAGGAGUACUUGUAAAUAACACCAGGUACACCGGGUCGGUGCUCUGCAUGGUCGGAGACAACCUGUCCAGUCAUCACGCAGGGGGAUUUUCGACAAACUUUAGCCAUGGCAGAGUGUGCCGCUUUUGCAUGGCUUUGCAUCAUGAACUCAGUUUGAAGCAUUGUGAGAAAGACUUUGUCAUGCGCUCCCCAGAAGGACACAAGUAUCACCUUAGCAUGCUGAAAAGCGGUCUUCCGGCCCAGUCAUUGUAUGGUGUAAAGGCACCGUGUGCAUUGACGUUGGAGAACUUUGAGCCAACGGAACAUCUACCUCCUGACGUCAUGCACGAUGUUCACGAAGGUGUGAUACCUUUCCUCCUCAAGCAUGUGCUUGCAAACCUGAUUUCAGAGGGAUACUUUUCUUUAGACAUGUUGAAUAACUGUAUUGAAAACUUUCCAUAUGACCCAUGUGACACAAAGAACAAACCAGAGGCAAUAGCUCGGAGUGCACUUUUUGGCAAGAGUGCUCUCAAAGGGAGUGCGUCACAAAAGUUUUGUCUUUUUCGACAUAUCGCAUUGUAUGUUGGGGAACAUGUGCCCCCUGAAAACAGAGUGUGGAUGUUGUACAUACUCUUCAGAGAAAUUGUCAACCUCAUAAUGUGCAAUGACAUUCCAGCAAGUCAUGUUCCAUACCUUUAUCGCCGCAUCACAUUUUUCAGGGAAGAAUUUGAGUCGUUAUUUCCACACAUCAAGAUUCCAUGCAAAAUGCAUUACAUCCUGCACUACCCGACUUUCAUCUACAAGUAUGGACCCCUUGUUUCAUUGUGGUGCAUGAGCACAUCGGCACCAGCUUUUUCAGAUGUUCACAUGGACACAGCAGUCUUCUGCUGA